CCCGUGCAACCCAUCCCUUCCAUCUCUUCCUCAAUAAACUACAACGACGUUCCACCGUUCUGUAUCGAAUUGCAAGUCGUCUUCCCUUCCGAUCAGAGUUGUAACUCGCUUCAUUUUCGUGAAAACCUCCGAAGCUGUCGAACACCGUCGUCAUUCACUGAAUUUGCUGCACCGUCUUACUCUUCAUCAACUCAGACAUGGCACACGCACAGGACCUCAGAGAUGACAAAUCUGUGGAAGAGGCAUACUUCACGCUGCGCUCGAAACAUCAAAUUCCUGCCUUGGGAUUGGGUACAUGGAAGGCGGAGCCGAACGUAGUACGCGAUGCUGUGUACUCAGCGAUCGUCGAGAAUGGAUACAGACACAUUGAUUGUGCCCAUGUAUACGGAAAUGAGAAGGAGGUAGGAGCAGGGCUGAAAGCCGCCUUCGAUGCUGGAAUCAAACGCGAUGAUAUUUUCGUGACAUCUAAGCUGUGGAUCAAAUUCACUUCCCCCGAGAAAGUGAAAGAUGCUUGUCAGCAAACGCUCAAGGACUUGGGCUUGACCUACUUGGAUCUCUACCUGAUCCAUUGGCCUAUCUACUUAUCAGAGGACGCAGAUUCUCCUCCCAAGAAGAGACAAGUUUUACCUUUUGAUGUGAAAGGAGUGUGGCGAGAGAUGGAAGGGCUGGUGGAACGAAAGCUCGUGCGAGACAUUGGAAUUAGCAACUUCUCCGUCCCGAAAUUGGAAAAACUUAUGUCUUUUGCAUCUAUCAAGCCCGCUGUAAAUCAAGUGGAAAUGCAUCCAUCGUGGAGAAACGACAAUGUCCUGGCCUACUGUAAUAAGAAUAAUAUUCACGUGACGGCCUACUCUCCCUUGGGAUCCUCAUCCACUGACCUUUUUGACACACCCGAAGUGAUUGAGGCGGCCGAGAAGCUUGGAAAGAGCCCGGGCCAGAUUUUGAUCAGGUGGUUGAUCCAAAGAGGCGUAAGCACUAUCCCGAAGUCAUCCAGCGACAAGAGAAUCAAAGAGAACAUGGAAGUGUUUGACUUCAGCAUCCCCGCUGAAGACAUGGACAAGCUCAGCAGCAUCUCGUCUCAGGUGAGAACCAACGCGGGAGAAGAACUGCUCGUUUCUUCCGAAGACGACAAAGAUGCUAUACUCAACGAGUUCUGGGACGGUGAAAUGUGAACAUAGACGUUAGUACUCUCGCUACCAGAAGUUGGCAUGGCAUCCAAAGUUCGUGUACACUGGCUGUUCCGCUUUCUGAGCACUUGUAAUCUUCAAUCUCUGUUAAAAUAAAUGUGUAUCUACUGUGUUUUACCGUG